GUUUACUCGGUCUGCUGGAGCCUGUUGCGUCGAAUGUUUCAUGAAUCAGACACGACGACAGCUUAUCUAUCGACGCGCGAUACCUCCUCCUUUAUAAACCCACUAUUUUCGUCGGUAUAUCAUCCCACCGUCCGCUCAACUCUAUAUACUGCCACGUGCACGCGACCUCCGCAGCCUCCGAAUCCCGAAGACCCAACGCAUCGCGACAUUGGAACCGAGAUUGGACCUGAAUUCAUUGGGUUCUCUUGUUUCAUAUAGUUUCCGGAUUUUAUCGGUGGUAUAGUCCAGCGGACAUCAAUAUGCCCACAAUGUGGCUAUCCGAUAAUCAGAAGAUCGGAGUCAUCUUCUGCUCAGCCGGAGGAUUAUUCCUCUUCGGCGGAGUCCUCAUGUUCUUCGAUCGCUCUCUCCUCGCAAUGGGAAACAUCCUCUUCCUGAUCGGCCUAACCCUAAUAAUCGGCUUCGAAAAGACCUUCGCCUUCUUCUCGCGCCGCCAAAAGCUCAAAGGCACGGCUGCCUUCGCAGCCGGCAUUCUCCUAAUCCUCCUCCGCUGGCCUCUAACAGGCUUCAUAAUCGAGCUCUACGGGCUGUUCAUCCUCUUCGGCGAUUUCCUGAUCACGAUUGGCCAGUUUGCGGGGAAUAUUCCUGUCGUGGGGCCAUACAUUCAAAAGGUUUUGGAGACGUUGGCAGGGGGGAGGAGGAAUGCCGAGUUGCCGGUAUAGAUGGAUGGAUCUGUUUCCCCCCCUCCUCUGUGGGAGAGGAGGGCGGUGUGGUGUGGUGUGGUGUAGGAUUCAUGAUGACAGGGAAAGGAUAACGAUGAGGAUGAGAGAGGAUUCUGGAUCUGUUAUGUUACGUGUAUGACUAUGCGACUGACCUCUUACGAUACGAUAUUGUCAUGAUGAGAUGGGUAUGGAUGGAUGGUAUGGUAUGGACUGCGACUGACUGAUUUGAUGUUGGGUCUAUACUUAGCGGGGUUGAUGGUUUUUUUUUCUUGAUGGGUAUUAUUAUCCUACGUAUUAGAGACUUUUAAUUGUUAAUAUAUAUUUAUGGGUGGGGUGGACAU